AUGAACAAAUACGUCACUAUUGCAGGAGCCCUCUUAUUGGGAUCUGUAGUCGCUACAUCAACCAUUUUGAGCGAGGAACAACUUGUCCACGCACUCAGUCAUGAAUUAGAAAGUGCUGAACAGGACGUUCAACUUAUCAAGCAACACCUUAGCGGCAUUCUUAGAAAGAGAGGAAAUUCAGCUGAGCCAAGAGUUGAGAAAUCAUCCAAUUGGAGUAAAAUUCACCACGCUACCGGAGCUCUCAAUGACCUUACUCAAGCAGGAACCGCAAUCUAUGAAGCUACUCACCAUCUCAACGUUGAGUCAAAAGGAGCUUUCUCAAAUAUUCAUUAUCCAAAAGGAUUUUUUAAAAGACACAUUACUAUUGCAGAAGAAGAGCCUAACGUUGAGAUAUCAAAAUUCUCACUAAUCAGAGGGGGUCUUGAUAUCGGAAGUCAUAUUUUAAACCAUCACAAUAAUAAGAAAAAUAAUAAACUCUAAGUCGAAAAAUCAAGAUGGGAAGAUGUUCACCACGCUACUGGUGCUUUUAAGGAUCUUACUGAUGCCGGAGUUACUAUCUACGACGCAGCUAAUCCCCAUGUUGAAAAAUCAUCCAGAUGGAGUAAAGCCCACCAUGCAACCGGAGCUCUUAAUGAUCUAACCUAAACUGGAAUCGCCAUAUACAAUGCUGCACACAACCAUCUAAAUGUUGAAAGCCCAAAUUGGGAAGAGAAUGAAGAUAUUGAUGAGCUCAAUGUUGAGAGAGGUUUCAGUCUUCACAAUAUUGGACAUGCUACUGGUAUUGCUGGAGAUUUAGUUGGAAUUGGUGCUAAUAUUUACGGUGCUGUUCAUCAACCACAUGUUGAGAGAGGAAUCAGUCUUCACAAUAUUGGGCAUGCUACCGGUAUUGCUAGUGAUCUCGUUGGAAUUGGUGCUAAUAUCUAUGGAGCAGUCCAUAACGUACAAGCUAUGCCUGAUGAUGAUGAAGAAGAUGAAGAAAUUGAAGUUUAACAAUACUUUGACGGACCUGUUUUCGUAAGACCAUCAAGAUACUCUCCUAUGGAAUCAUUUGUUUACCCAUAUGAUGAAUGA